GCAGGCUGGAACCGGAAGUGAGCGAGUUUCGUGGUUGGAAAAAAGUUCUCAUGAUUGUUUCCAUGCCAGUAAAAAAAAGAAAAGAAAAACAGUUUGUCCACACUUGUGUCGCAGCCGUUUGAAGACACCACAGGUGACAGAACUCAGUGAAACAGCAAACGACGAAACGAGAAGGCACUAGAACGUCUGAAGGAUGAGGGUUGAACCAGGCCCAGUUCAGAUCGUAACAGUGUCUAAGGACGAUCACUCCUUCGGGUUGGACACGGAGGCUCUGUCCCAGAUUCUGUUGGCUCCUGAGGUCCAAGACAAACAUGUGGUGGUGCUGUCAGUGGCCGGAGCUUUCAGAAAAGGAAAGAGCUUCCUGCUGGAUUUCAUGCUUCGCUACAUGUACAGGAAGGGGGAAGAGAACUGGCUGGGUGGGGAUGAUGAGCCACUGACUGGAUUUUCCUGGAGAGGUGGUUCAGAACCAGAGACAACUGGCAUCCAGCUGUGGAGUGAAGUUUUCCUCAUCCAAAGGAGCGAUGGAACAGAGGUGGCAGUGUUGUUGAUGGACACUCAGGGAGCAUUUGACGAUCAGUCCACCGUGAAGGACUGUGCCACCAUCUUUGCCCUGAGCACCAUGACCAGCUCAAUACAGAUCUACAACCUGUCACAGAACAUUCAAGAGGACGACCUGCAGCAGCUACAGCUGUUCACAGAGUAUGGUCGUCUUGCUAUGGAUGAAAUCUUUCAAAAACCCUUUCAGUCUUUGAUGUUUCUAAUCAGGGAUUGGAGCUUUCCCUAUGAAUACAUCUACGGUUUUAAGGGAGGCAGUGAAUUCCUGGAUAAACGGUUACAGGUGAAGGAGGACCAACACGCGGAGCUGCAAACAGUGAGGGAUCACAUCCAUUCUUGCUUCACCAAAAUCUCCUGCUUCUUGUUGCCUCACCCUGGGCUGAAGGUUGCCACCAACCCUGCAUUUGAGGGACAGCUUAGUGAAGUGGCGCCAGAGUUCAAAGAGCAGCUGAAGAGUCUGAUUCCUAAGCUGCUGCAUCCAGAUCGUCUGGCUGAGAAAGAGAUAAAUGGCAACAAGGUCACCUGCAGGGGCCUUCUUGAGUUCUUCAAGGCUUACAUCAAGAUUUACCAGGGGGAAGACUUACCACAGCCAAAGACGAUGCUCAUGGCUACGGCAGAGGCCAACAACCUGGCAGCUGUGGCAACAGCCAAAGAUCAGUAUAACAAGAGCAUGGAGAAGGUUUGUGGGGGAGACCUGCCCUAUGUGGCCCCUGACCAUCUGGAGGAGAAGCAUCAGUUCAACCUCCAAGAGGCUCUUCACGCCUUCGCGUCCACGAAGAAGAUGGGCGGACAGGAGUUCUGUGAUAAGUACCAGGCACAGCUGGAGAAGGAGCUUGAGGAAACGUGGCAGUCUCUCAGCAAAUACAAUGAGUCAAAAAAUGUCUUCAGCGCCUUCCGGACACCUGCAGUGCUGUUUGUCCUGGUGUGCCUCCUGUACGUGCUGUCUGGGGUGUUGCUCUUUGUUGGCCUGUCAACCUUCGCCUUGGUGUGUGACUGUACUCUGGGCGUGGUCAUGAUGUCUAUGCUGACAUGGGCCUUCAUCCGCUACUCUGGUCGGUACCGGACCGUAGGAGGAGCCAUCGACCAGGCUGCAGGUGUCGUCCUGGAGCAGGCCACUGUGGUGAUGAACAAAUCGAGAGGGACGAGCACUGGUGACGGGAAGAAAUCCAGUUAGAGGACGUCUGACCCUUCAUGAUCUUGAUGCAAUGCAACCAGCACACGACACAAACACACAUUCAAGCAGUAGGGCCUUAUUAUGCCACCCACUGGAGCAAACAUGCAGCUAAACCGCAUUGGCACAGGGUUCAAAUAUGAAGCCAAUUCACCAGCAUCGCUGUUGGUGCAGAAUCACUCGGGGAGUUAAACUAUCCCAGUCUCUCUCAUCUCUCAUCAUGUCUUAAAUUGACACUGCCAUCAUUUUACAAUUAGUCUCAACAGACAAGUCAAUGUUUACUUAAAAAAAACAA